AUGCCUGCGUCUUGGAUUACCAUCAACCCCUCCGAUUUACGAAGCCCACUUGUAAUUAUCUUGGCCGGGGUCGAGUAUUCCGGGGGCAUCCUAUCUGCUUCGAAUUCAGCUAUCCGAGGUGCGACCGCCACGUCGAACCCUGUAGCGGUGGCCUCAUUUUUCCAUCACGUUUGCACCGCUGUCUUAGAAGGGCUGUUCGCCAGCGGAUCCGACCACAUUGGAAUCCUCGGAGAUAUUUCGAAUCAUUACGGCGUCGUGGAAACCAACGGCAGAGGAAUGUUACAUUUGCAUGCAAUGGUGUGGCUGAAAGGCAAUCUUGCAUUCGCGGAUCUACGAAGCCACGUUCUCGCCGACAUCGACUUUGCUACCCGCGUUCUCUGUUACCUCGAAAGUGUCAUCAUCCAAUGCGUAGACGAGAGUAUUCCCCUUGAUCCAGAAGCCAAUCUUCCGCCAACCUGCCCCUUUGCUUCUGAUCCGGAGUCGGAUCACGAUUUCCACCUCAGACUAGCCAAUGACAGCAACGUAGUCGCUUGGUCCAAACAACAACACUCCAAAAACCAAUUCGCUACGUGUUUCAAAUACCGCCCGACAAACCAGUCCAAAAAUACUUGUCGUUUUGGCAUGCCCCGUGAAAUUGUUUCCUGCUCUAAGAUUGACGACCUUGGUGUCAUCCAUCUAGUUCGGAAUCACCCCUGUGUUAACCCGUGGAAUCCCUCUAUUGCCAGCUGUCUUCGUUCGAACCAUGAUAUCUCUUGGAUCCCAACCGUCUCAAAAUCGUUGGCUCUGGUCUACUACAUCACCAAAUACGCCACUAAAGAUGAUGUAUCUCCGUGGCAGAUAAUAGCAAAGGGGGCUCUCUUAAAACAAGCCAUUGAAAAGGCAAAAAUUGCCGAUCCCCCAACGGCUACUGAUCUGCGGCUUCGGGAAAGAGGCAUAGAUAACUUUGCGCUUCGCUGCUUCAACAGCCUCGCACACGACCGAGAGGUGAGUGGCGUCCAGGUCGCCAGCACUCUGCUCCAUCUUCCAAGCUACUACACUGUUAGCUCUAAAUUCGUACGUGUGAAUCUGUGGUGGCUAAGACAUUAUGUGCGCGCUCUUCGACAUUCGACCACCGCAGACCCUGCUGGUCCGGCUGCCAUUGCAGACGAGCCUUGUACGUUCCAACCUAGUGACACGGUGCCAGUGAGCCUGUUUGACAACUAUAAAUGGCGCGGAAUCGCCCUUGACUCUUUUUCAUUCUUCGAAUACUGCAUGCUAGUGCAAACAAGGAACAAAGAAAGGAAUCGCUCCCACCACUUUGAAUUCGGUGCGUCCCAUCCUAGAAGUGACGUGUGUGUCCAGCGUGUCGCCCGCUCACAGUCCUAG